UAAAUAAUAAAAGCCCCCACAAAAACAAUCCAUUCUGAAAAGAAAUCGAAAAAAUAUGAAGUGCAAAAUCUUAGCAUCAGGCCCGAAUUCAGCCAUUUACGCAGUCCCAAAGCCCAAUCAAUCGAGCGAAGCCCGCAUUUCCUUCUCCGCCAGAGUGGCCAUCAAGGGCUCAUGCGGGCUGAACGGGGCCCGAAUCCAGGCCCGCAUCGUGGCGUCCAGCGCAGUAACCGCAGAGUCACUGUACGAAGUGCUGGGAAUUGGAGAGAGCGUGAGUUCGGUUUCCGAUAUAAAAAAAGCGUACAAGAAAAUGGCCAGAAAGUACCAUCCGGACGUUUCGGCACCGGAUCGAGUGGACGAGAACACUCGGAGAUUUAUAAUGGUGAAAGAGGCUUAUGAGACUCUCUCCAAUCCGCACAGGAAAGCUCUCUAUGCCGUCGGCCAUGCCCAUGUAAUUGAAGAACACAAGGAGUGGAAAAUGAGGUGGCAGUCUCAGCUUGAUGAAUUGAAGAGCAAUCAUAUUUCAACAAGAGAGAAACUGUCUUGGGGUGCACGAAUGCGUAGUCAAGCUUGAUUUAUUUAUUUUUUUCAUUUUUAGAUGGAUUGAAUAAUUAUACUCUAUCCGUAAAUGUCUAAUUUCAAUUUUAAUUUUUUUGGCCUCA